AUGUCGACUAUCAACAUGGUGAAGUACUACUUCUACAAAGACAUGCUCCCCAGCAACCAGCGACAGUUGGAGCAGCUAGUUGCCCUAGCGUACCAAACUGCAAGAGACCGCAAACUUCACCCCAAGGCUGUUCUCAUUAGAUCCGGCUUCCACGACACUACCACCGCUCGAGGGCGACGGAUAAAAGAUCCCAAGGGAUGGCAUGUGACGAUUUGCUACAAGGACUCCAAUCAGGUCCUUGGUGGCACCCAUGUCGCUUGCCACGCUUAUACUCCGGGGAAAAAUAUAUUCGAAUUGGUCGAGUCGACGCACGCUGGUGAGAAAAGCGACGACGUCCUGCGCGCUCGCAACCAGAAACCGGUGUGGCCUGAUACUGAGGAGUUGGCCGAGGCGCCAGAGAUUGGCUACGGACACUUGCCCGAGGACUGGGAAUCUUCGGCCUAG